AUGUUCGAAUCACUAGUUGAAAAACUGUUGAAUAAAUUUUUGGCUCCAUAUGUAGAAGGUAUAGAACGGAAUUUACAUUUGGGUGUAUGGUCUGGUAAUAUCGUAUUAGAGAAUUUAAAAUUGAAACCACAAAUAACUGAAAUACUAGACUUGUCAUUUAAGAUUAUUCAUGGGAAUAUAGGAAGAAUAAAUAUACAGAUACCAUGGAGCAGUUUAGGAAAAAAUCCUGUGUGCGUUUUAAUAAAAAAUGUUCACAUAUAUAUAAAACCACGAUGUUAUAAAAAAAGUGAAGAAGUUAUUAUAGAAGAAUUAAGAAAAGCAAAAAUGCAUAGAUUACAGUUAUUAGAAGAAGAAAUUUCUCUUAUUAAGUUACAAAAAAAUAAUGAGAAAUCUUCUGAAAAAUCUACACUUAUAUUUAAAUUAUUAAAUAAAAUUAUUAAUAAUAUUCAAAUAGAUAUUCAAGAUAUACUAAUUCAUUUUGAGGAUCCAGAUAAAAACUUCUCUAUUGGUUUUAUUUUGAAAUCCUCUUCAGUCAAAAAUUGUCAAAAUAACGACGAGAUGUCAACACAAGCAAAUUCAAAUGCAGAAAAUAAAACAUUGAAUCACAUAAUUGAAUUUAAAGGAUUAUGUAUUUAUAGUAAUAGUGAUAUAAAAUCAAGGGCAAAGAAAAAAAGUAGGAAGAAAAAUAAAAAACGAAGUAAAGAUAUGGUAGAAAUAUUGGAAGAUGAUAAAAAUAAAGACAAUACAAAGAAUUCAUCAAAUGGUAAGAACAUAAAUGAAAUGAAAUAUGAGAAAAGUGAACUUUCAUUAAGUAAUGAAAAGUUUCCUAAUAUGAAUAAGAUAGAUACCGAGGAUAUGGAAAUAUUUGAUAUUUCGUCAAAAAUAAAAGAUAGUGUUUAUAAUAAUUUAGAUAGUAAUGAUAAUAAUAUAAAUAGUAAUGAUAAUAAUAUAAAUAGUAAUGAUAAUAAUAUAAAUAAUAAGGAUAAUAUUUUAAAUAAUAAUGAUAAUAAUAUAAAUAAUAAUGAUAAUAAUAUAAAUAAUAAUGAUAAUAAUUUAAAUAAUAAUAAUAAUAAUAUAAAUAAUAAUAAUAUUAAUAAUAUAAAUAAUAAUGAUAAUAAUUUAAAUAAUAAUGACCAAAAUAAAGACACACAUGAUUACUCAAAAUUAAGUAGUUGUGAUAGUAGCAUCCAAGAUGAUUAUUUAAAAACCACCUUAAAUAGAAUAAGCAGUUUUUUAAAAGAAGAAGAAAAUAUUAUUUUACAUAAUUAUAAUUUUGAAUAUUUAAUAAAACCCUUCGAUUUAGUAUUACCAGUAGAACAAUCAAGUAAUAAAAAAGAAUUAAAAGCUAAAUUAGAAAUAAGUGAUAAAUGGGAAGGUAUUACUCUCACGAAGACCCAAAUAACGAAAAUUAUAGAAAUAAUGAAUGAAGCUAAUAAAUCUAGGAAUCAAACAAAUAAAUUAUUAUUAAAGCAUGCAUGGACAGUUCGAUUAGAUAUCGAAUCGUUAAGAAAUGAGACCAAAAACGAAUUUAUAAAUCUAUAUAAUAAAGUAUUAGGAGAAGAAUAUAAUAUAAGCAAUACAGAAUUAUCUACACAAGAAAUGAAUAGAUUACAAAUUUUAUAUGAUGUUGUGGGUGUUCGACAUUUGGCAAAAUGGAGAUUACAAUGUAGAAGCACAUUAGAAAAAUUUAUUGAAGAAAAAAAUUUAAAGAAGAAAUUUUUAUAUGAUUCAAUAUAUAAGCAGCAAUCUUGGUGGUCUUGGGUAACAGGCAAUAAAAAAGAAAUUGAGAAUAAAGUACAAAACAUUUUAAAGAGUGAACAGGAUAUAAUAAAUGAAAAUGAGUUGUUUAUGAUACAAGAAGCUAUGACUAAUGAUGAUAACUAUGAUGUUGUUAUGCCAUCAAAAUAUGAUUUUCAAUUUAAACUAGCUAAUUUUUCGAUAAAUGUAUAUGAUGAUUGUAAAAAGAGGAUAAUGGAUAAUAGAAAUGUGAAUAAUCAUAAUAAUAAUAAUAAUAAUAAUAAUAAUAAUAAUAAUAAUAAUAACAAUAUAUAUAUUAGGGGGGUAAGUAACAAAAGUGAAGUAACUAAUAAUAGACAACAUAUAAAAGAAGAUAAAUUAAAUUUUAAUGAUAUUAUAAAAGAUGAAUUAAGUAUAAAUAGCAGUUGUGAAACCUUAUUGACAAGUUCCAUAAAUUUAAGUUCCACUGAUUCCAAAUUAGAUAAAAGACGUGUAAGAUAUGAACGGGUAAAUAUCUUGUCUAUAAAUUUUUAUCAAAUAUAUUCUUCUUUAUCCCUACAAUCUGUUGUUGAUCAUAAUGAUCAUGAUAAUUUCCAAUGGAAGUUUAUUAUUGAAUUACAAAAUUUUAUAGCAAAACACAAAAAUAAGGUAUUUAUGGAAUUUAGGAAUAAUAAAAAUUCCUUUCCAUAUAAUAUGAAUACAUCAGGAAGUCUAUAUAAAAAUUCUAUUUUCUAUUCAUUAUUAUAUAGUCAAACUGUUUGCGCCUAUUUAGAAAUUAACCAUUUAGUAACAGAAAAGGGUAAUACAUUAUCCACUAUAUUAAGACUAAACCCUUUGGAACUUUAUUUAUCUCCAUUAUUAAUUAAAAGUAUAUUGUCAUUUACAUUUCCUCUAUUAGAUAUAAUUAAUAAAAGUCAUAAGACAGUAAUGAAAAAGUACAAAGGUAAAAAUGUGAGUUUAUCUGUGGAAAAGCAAAAACAAAAGGAAGAUAUUUCACCCGGUGUUAUUAAAAAGAAGGAAUCAACUUUGGGCACAAGAAAAAGAAGUAAUAAAAAUAAGAAGAGACAUCAUGAAAUUGGAAGUAUAAAGAAGGAUGUAAAUAAUGAAGGAAAUGAUACGAUAAAGAAAGAUGAUCAUAAAAAUAUGAAUGCUGAUAAUAAUAAAAAUAAUGAUAAUAAUUAUGAUAAUAAUUAUGAUAAUAAUGAUGAAUGUGAUGAUAACAAUGAUGAAUGUGAUGAAUAUAAUGAUGAAGAUGAUGAGGAUAAAAAUAACGAUAAUGAGGAUAAUAAUUACGACGAUGAGGAAGAUGAUGAUGAAGAUGACGAGGAUGACGAAGAAGCAUUAUUACAAAUAAAAAAAAUGGAACAAUCAGAAUUAUUAGAAGGAUUAAAAGAAAGAGGAGAAAAUGUCUAUAAUAGAGCUGUUCAACACCUUCCAGAAUUAUUUGAAUUUUAUAUACAUAUAUGUGGUCCCAUUUUACAUUUUGACAAUUUAACGAAUGGCAUAGUGGAAUUGCAUUUAGGUAAUUUGGUAGCAAAAACAGAACACCCAUGUACAUAUAAUAAAUUUAAUUUAAUAUUUGAAUUUAAUGAAACGCAAAUAACAUGCUUAAAAAUAGGAUCAGGAUAUAUGAAGAAGGAUGAAAAAUGUAAAAAGGAUAUAAUUUUUAAUGAGAACCAAAAAGAUUUGCAUAAAUCAACAAAAGCAUUUAAGAAGAUGGAUAAAAGUAAUAUAUAUUUAGAAAUAAAUGAAGAAGGAUUAUUUUCAAAUAAUCCAAUGGAUAAUACCGAAAUGGAUGAUUUAAAAGAUAGUUAUUUUAAUAGUAUAAAGGAAAAGUUAUUAACAGGUGAAAAAUUUUAUAUAUUACAACCAAUUCCAGUAAAAAUCUAUGUAGAAUAUGACUUGAAAAUUUUGAAAACAAAUAUUAUAUUGGAUGGAAUAUUUUUUCAAAUUAACCCAGAUGCUAUCAGUAUUAUAUUGGCAGUUCCAACAUCUAUAACUAGAUACUUGACGGGAGUUUAUUCUAAAAAUAAAAAUGAGAAUGCAUUUAAUAAGAACAAGAAGAAAACAUCAGUUGAAAAAAAGGAGGUAGAUAUAAUGAAAGGAGAUGAUAUUACAAGAGCAAGUAUGUCAAAUGUCGAUAGUGGUGUAUGCAAAAAAAAUAGUAUUACUGAUAUUAUAAAAAGGAAUAAAGAUAAUGAUAAUGUGGUAGAAAUGAAUAAUAAAGGUAUACCAAAGGAAGAAGAGUCGUUUUUAUAUGAUAUUGAUUUUUUAAUUAAAAAUUCUUCUUUUUCAAUUAAGAAUAAGAAAAAUUGUGAAAUAUUGAAAUAUGAAGCAUGUGGUAUAUCUUAUAAGAAUUAUUUACAAAAGAAGAGGAAAAUUAUUAAAAUGGAAAUUGAACAGUUAUGGAUUUGUGAUCCUAGUAAUAAGCAACCUAUAUUUUUUACUUUAACGAAGGAUAUAAAUUCAAAGGAUAUAUUUUUAUUUAGAUCCUUAUCUACAUAUUUGGAAGAGAAAAGUCAUAACAAUAAUAGUAUUGAACAAAAGGAAAUUGAUAUGGAAAGUGAUAAUCAUAUAAAUGUUGGUAUAGACGACGUAUUAGAAGAAGAUCAUUUUAUGAUGGGCAACAACAAUAAUAUUAAUAAUAAUAGCAGUCAUAUUAGGAAGAAUAGUUUUAAUAUAGGGUCAAAUGCUUUUGGUAGUUUCGAAAGAUUCGAAUCAGCUAAAGUGAUGGAUGAUAAUGUAUACACAAAUGGAGAACAUAAAGGUUCAAUCAAGAAUGUAAUGAUUGAUAAUUCUAUUAUGAAUAAUGAACAAUUAAUAAACAAUAGAGUAGAAGGAGGAAAAUAUAUGAGCACAAAUAAAUUUUCUGCUAGUGGAAUAAAUCAGUUUAAUAAAUAUGUUGGUAUGAAUAUAGAUAGAAAAAAUGAAGAGACCAAAUUGAAUGGAAAAAAAGAAAAUGAUGAAAAUAAAAAUGUUGAGGAAGAAGAUGAUGAUUUUAUGGAUGCUAUUGAAGAAAAACAAUUAUCUAUAAGUCUUCAAAUUUUACAAGAACAUAAUGAAAAGAAUGUUGAAGAAACUCAUAUUAAUUUUAUUAUUAGUGAUAUUGAAUUACAUUGGAAAUAUAAAACAAUAAAACAGAUUUUUAAAACGAUGAAAGAAUAUAAGAAAACGUUACAAUAUGGUAUAGAAAAAGAUAUGACAUAUAUAAAAAAUAAAUUAAAAAAUGAAAAGGAUUUAAAAAAUUAUAAAAUGUUCAUAUCUGAAAAUACCUUAAGAAGUGUACAAGAAACUUUGAAAAAUGUUAAGGAUUCAUUAAAUAUUUUAGAUAUGGAAUCUGCAAAGGAUAAGGAUGAUAUAAUAAAUAAUGUACAAGAAAAAGAAAUGGACAAAGAUAAUGUUAAAAUGCAUACAGAAGGUAUACAUCUUAUGAAUCCAUAUUAUGCGAGGGACGAAGAUUUAAAUAUGAUAACUGAUAAUAAGAUGGUUUUUAAUUUAAGAAAUGAAAAAAAUAAUGAAGAAAUAAAUAUUAAUAAUGCAAACACUAUAAAUGAUAAUAAUGGCAUUAAUAAUAAUGAUGAUAUUAAUAAUAACGAUUAUCUUAAUAAUAAUCAUAAUUAUAACAUUUUGAAUGAUAAUAUUCUUAGUAAGGGACUUAAUGAUACAUUACCCAAAUUACACGGUCAACAAAAUUCAUAUCCCAAAUAUUUUUUCAACUGUUUUAUAAAAAGUGCUUCCUUAGCCUUCUGGAAGAAGAAGAAAAUUUUUUCUAGAAUUCAAGUGAGUAACAUAUUUUAUGAAAAUAAAAUAUAUAUCAAUUUUGAUCAGAAGAUGUUUUUGAAUAUAGAAAAGGGGAUAAUGUCAAUGAAUAAUAAGAACAUUAUAUCUAAUAAUAUUAACGAUUAUAAAUACGACCUGUUUAUUUCUAAAGAUAGGAAAAGGUUUGGUUCAAGUGAUAUCGAGAAUGAGGAUAGAAAUAUGUUAAAUGAUUUAAAAUAUGGAAAAAAAGAAGGGAAGUUAAAUGUAAUGCAUAAUGAUGAUAAAGAAAAAGAGGAAUAUACAGCAGAGGAUACAUUUUCGGAAAGACGAAAUAGUCGAGAUAUAUUAAAUAAUAUAAAUGUAGAUAAUUUAUCUAUAGAAAUAAAGAAGAAAAAGAAAACACUGCAUAAAGAAUCCAAAGAAGAUUUGUUUAUUGGUAAGAUAAAAGUAUAUAAUGAUAAGAGGAGUUAUAAUAUAUGCUUAUUAUGUGAAAUUUCAAGAAUGUAUUAUAUUUUUUACCUGAAAGAUUUAAGAUUAUUUUUGGAAUAUUUAGAUGAUGGUAUAUUAAAUGUUUUUAUUAGUAAAUCAUAUAAAAAGGUAGUUCAGGCUGCUCAGACCAAAUACUUUUUAUUUAAUUUUACAUUUAUGGAUCCUAUAGUGAUCAUACCUGAAGAUAAAAAUAUGAUAUAUAAUUAUAAGGGCGAGGUGAAAAAUGUUUCUAGAUAUUUUAAGAGUAGCACGAGUAAUAAUAACACAAAGGAAAAUGAGGAAACAAAUGAUAUUAUAAAAAGAAGCUCAAAGGAAUGUAUUCUUUCAAAUGAAAAAAAAGAUACAAAGACUGAGGUGUGUAACAAUUAUAAUAAUGUGAAUAAUAAGAAUAUACAUAACACUAAUUUUGAUUGUGAUAUGAAAUCCAAUUAUGAUAGAAAUUCAAUUGGUGCUAAUACAUAUAAUAGUAAUAAUAUACCAUACAUUGAAUCUUAUUUACAAUUCCAUUUAAGGAAAUUAAAACUUAAAAAUUCCUACACUCUAAAAUGUACGGAAGAAAUAAGAGUAGCACAGAGAAGACAAAUGAUAUUAAAGAAGAAGAAAUAUAAAGGAAGAACUGAAAAGGAAAAAAUGAAUAAAAAUAAAUAUGACAAUGAAUCUUUUAUAAGAAGUGACAUUGUAUCUAAGGAACAAUUAAGACCAUUAGAGCGAAAAAGGAAUAGUGUAGAUAAUGAUUUGGUGAAGUUAGAUUUUACGUUAUAUAUUGAUAUAUUAGAUAUAGAAAGUAAAGCUUGUGAAAAUGGGGGUAGUAGUAAUAUAGAAGGGGAAAUCUUGCAUAAGGUAAAUUUAGGUUUCUGUUUAAUAAAUGCUAGGAAUGGUAUAUUUAUUUAUUUAAAUGGAAAUGACUUAUGUUUAGAUUUAACAGUAUUUCAAUUAGCCUUUUUGUUAGAUAUAAUAAAUGAAAACUUUUGUUAUAAGGGAUAUUUCCCAAUGUGCUUUAUAUGUGAUAAGGAUGUGAGUUUAGACAGUAUGAUAAAUUCGGAAUGGUUUAAAAAAGGAUACAUGAAUUUUAACAAUUUUAAUAAUAGGAAAGAAAUGAAAGGGAAAACAAAUGACAAUAAAAAGGAAGAUAUAAUGAACAAUAUAAACAAUAUCAACAAUAUCAAUAAUAUCAACAAUAAUAAUAAUAAGGUAAAUAAUUAUGAAAUUGGAGAUGGUGCUGAAAAUAAUAAUGUGUAUGAUAGCGAUCGCACUAUUGAUAAGGAAAUGGAUCACGGUAAAAAUAAAUUGGAUAUUCCAAUAAGCCAAGAAAAAAAAAGUGAUUCAUUAACAAAUGAUAAACUAAUAAUAAAAGAUUCAAAAGAGAAUGUAACAAAAAAGACAGGCUUGAAAUUAUAUGUAUAUAUAAAUUUUGAAAGUUUAAAAAUAAAAACAGCAUUUGAUACAAAUACACCUGUAGCCAUAAUAACAUUCCAAUAUAUAAGUAUGUCAUUUCGUUUAGUUCUCUUAGAUUUCUAUUAUGUUUACUUUUUUGAUUUACAUGGUAAUUCAUUGUAUAUAGAUGAUGCUAGGAAAAAUUCAAUCAAUUAUUACAAAAGGGUAGCCUAUUGUUGUAUUGAAAAUGAAAGGAAAAAGUUCAAAAGGGAUAAUAAAAAAGCGCAUCAGUUGUAUAAAAAUGUAUAUAAUAAAGAAGGAUAUAAUGAUACUCUUAAUGAAAGUAAUGUAUAUGAGUAUAAUAAUGUGGAAAGGAAUUCGUGUCAAAUUAAUAGAGAAAAUAACAUUUAUGAUAAUAAUGGGUCACAUUUUUAUAAUAAUAAAGAUGUUCAAGAUGAAUAUGAAGAAAAAGUACAAAAACUAAAUAAUAAUAGUAGUAAUAAUAUUUCUGUUACGACACAAUCUGAUAUAAAAGAUUAUAAAAAUUUAUUAAUAUAUAUGUUUGAAAAUAAUGUAUUUUUAAAUGAAAAGAAGAAAAGGAAAAAACAAAAAGGAAUAAAAAUAAAAAUUAAUUCUUUCAUAGAAGAUUUGUUAUUAAAUAUUGAACUUGAUGAUGCGUAUAUUUGCUUUUUUUUUCUUAUUUUUAUAGAUAUAUAUAAAUUUUUAACGACAGGAUUUAAUUUGAGCACGUUACAUUUAUAUCCGAAGCCAUCACCUUAUAUUGUAUCUUACAAAAAUGAAAAUAGAAAGAAAAAGAUAAAGGGUCAUGAAUAUAUAGAAAAUAGUGAAAGUAAAAGUAUCCAUAGAAAAAAAAAAGUUGUGUGUUCGAUGACGGAGGAAGAAAAACAUAUAAAGGAACAGAUUAGUAUUAAAUGUACUAGGUCUCAAUAUAAAAAUACCUCAAAUGAAAAUAAAAUUAAAAAUAAAAAUAAUAAUAAUAAUAAUAAUAAUAAUAAUAAUAGUAAUAAUAAGAGUAGUAUCAACUGUAAGGAAAAUACCAGUAUAAAUAUCGAAGAAAAUGUAUUCAAAAGAGAAAGAAUUCAUUAUGAUGAAGAAAUUAUUGAACAAAAUGUUCAACUCAUCAAUGAAGAAGACAAUGAAAAACAUUGGGUACAAAAAAAGAAGAAAAUUAUUCGACGUAGUAGUGUUUUAGAACAAUCAAAAUAUAUAAAAGGGAAAUUAAAAGAACAGAAAAAUAAAAUAAUAACAAAUAUAAACGAAGUAUUAAAAUUAGAUAAUAAACCAUUCCAUGUAAGUUUUAAAGUGAAUAAUGGGAAUUUCAUUAUUUUUACAGAUGUCGAAAAAGUAUCUCAUCCAAUAAUAAUGUGGUCAAAUAAUUUUGUUUUUUCGUUUUCUUUAUUUAAUAAAUGUAUUGUAUUUAGAAAAAUAUAUGCUAUAGAUAGUAAAGUGAAGAGGAUUAAUUAUGUAUCGUCAUCUCAUGUGCAUUAUAAGUAUGAUACUAUUAAGAAGAGGAACAAUAAAAAUAACAACAAUAAAAAUGACAAUAAAAAUAACAACAAUAAAAAUGACAAUAAAAAUAACAACAAUAAAAAUAACAACAAUAAAAAUAACAACAAUAAAAAUAACAACAAUAAAAAUAACAGUAACGAUAAUAAUAACAUCAAUAUUGACAAUAACAAUAAAAAUAACAAUAACAAAAUAUUUGAUCCUAAGAAUAUAUCGAACCCACUUCAUAAUUAUCAUAAAAAGAAAAUAUUACUAUGUGAUAAUUUGAAUGUAAUGGGUGAAGCUGUUUACGAAUCAGUUGAUACAAGAACUGAGGAUUAUAAAUUAAAAAGUAGUAUAAUAAGAAAAGAUAACAAUUCACCAUUUAUAACCGUUUUUGAAUUAGAUAUAAAUAUUGGUAAUUUUGAUAUACGUUUAUCAAAUGACGAUGUUGAAAUAUUAUUGAAAGCAUCAUCCACAUUAUUUGGUGAUGUCCCUAGUUCAUUUACAAAUAUAGUAGUUGGCCCAGUUAUACCACCGUUAACUUUUAUACAUAAAAAAAUAAAGAAUAAAUUUAUGCAAAACAAUAUUUAUUAUAUAAGUACAAAUAUCAAGGAGGAAACCGAAUUGUUUUGUGGGUCCGAUUUACAAAUAACAAGUAUAAACAUAUUAAAGAAGAGAAGGAAAAAAAUUAUAAGAAAGAAGGAAAAGAAAGAUGAAAGAAAUAGAAAGGAAAAGGAGAGAAAUGAAAAUAAUAAAAUAAAGAAUAUAAGAAAUGAUGAAAUUAAUAUGAAUGAAAAGAAAAGUAUAGUAGAUUGUCAUUUUGAUGAAAAGAAAAGUAUAGUAGAUUGUCAUAUUGAUGAAAAGAAAUUAGAUCAGAAUGAAUAUAACGAGUUUAGUAAUAAGGAUGAAAUAUAUACUGAUUCUAGUAACAUGAUGGAAUAUGUAUAUUAUAAAAAAAUAUCUGAUGUUUCUUCAAGUACUAAUACUUUAAGUUAUUCGAAUACAUCUUUAAGUGAAUUACAUGGAGAAAAAAAAAUAUUAUAUAAGAGAGGUAUGAAAUAUGAUGAUAUAUCAGAUAUAAAUAAUAACAGUAGUAGUAAUAACAACAACAACAAUAAUACUAAUAAUAAUAAUAAUAAUAAUAAUCAAACAAAUAGUUAUCGAGAUAUAAAAAUUAAUAUAAAGUUACAUAAUGUAAUGUGUACCUUUAUAGAUGAUAUAAGAAAUUCCAUUGUUCCAAUUUUAAGAAUGAUAUUUAGUAUGAACAUAAGUAUUAAUUUAUAUACUGAUGAAUGUUCAUAUAAUAUUAGUGACUUAAAUUCUAAGUUAGAAUAUUUUAAUAAUUGUAUAGGUGAAUGGGAACCAUUUCUUGAGAAAUGCAAUAUUUCUUUAGAUAUACAUAAUAUUUUUCCAAAUGACGAAUAUGAUGAAGAUAAGGAAGCAAACAAAUCUCCUAUAAGUAUCAUUAAAAUUAAUAGUAUCAAAGCUUUGUGGUUUAAUAUUACACCUCAGUUAAUUAAUUUGUUAUUUCUAUUUGUGCCAGUCUUUUCUGAGAAGGUAUCUAAUGGGUUACGAAAAAAUGACAAAAAGGAAAUAGACCAUUAUAAUGAUAAGGAUAAUAAAUAUGUAAGUGAAUGUAUAAAAAAUGAUAUAUUAAUGGAAGAUAUGAAUAAUAAAUUAAAUGUUAGGAAUACAUCUAUUAAUAAGGAUAUAGAAACAUCUGAACAGAUGAAUAGUCUAAAUGACUUUUCCAGAUGUGAUAGUGGAUCCGUCGAAUUGGAAUACAAAAAUAUGAGUGUUAAGAGUAAGAGCAUAUUCGAAGAUUGUUCUUCGGUUUUUAAUUCAUUUCCGUGUGAUACAGAUGGUAAGGAAGCAAAUGAUUUUCAUUUGGAUGACUUUUUAAAAAAGGAAGAAAAUCGUAGUACAUACUAUAAUAGGAAAGAUAACUCAGUAAUAUAUUACGUUAAUUUGACAAGCGAAUAUUUUUAUGCCUUUUUAAUGCCUGAAAGUAAGAUUGAAGAAAUUAUGAAGAGAAAAAAAUCUGUCACUAUGAGAAAUGUUUACAAAAGUGUGAAGGAGGCGGAUGGGACAAAUAUGACUAUAAAAUCUUAUAAAUGGGAUGAGAAAAAAAAAAAGGUAGAAAAGGGAUUCAUUCAAAAGGAGAAUGUUACGAAGGCAAAUGGAAUGAAAGGAAAUGAUAUAAAACAAAAUGGCAUAAAACAAAAUGACAUAAAACAAAAUGAAAUAAAAGAAAAUAUAAUGAUGGAACAUACUUUAAUUUGUUCAGAUGAUAAUAGUACCCAUAAUGAAGGGAAUGAAGAUUAUAUAUCUGAGGAAGAUCUUUUCAAAAUGAUACCUGAUGUAUAUGCAAAAAUUAUAACAACAAAUGAAUUAAUAUCAUUAGACAGAUUGUUAAUCAACGAAAUAGAAAAUAACUCCUUAAUAGAAAAAAAAUGUUUAUAUUUAUAUUUGAUACCCAUUCCACCAACAAAUGUUGUGAAUAUAGUUCAUGAUAUGUUUUCAAAUAUUAGUAAAAGAGAUAUUGUUUUAGAUCUCAUGAUUACAAAAAAUCCAAAGAAAACUAUUGAAAAUUUAUUAAUUUACAAUCAACAUAAGGAACAUAUACGUAUUAGGAGAAAUAGUAUAAAUAGCAUUUGGACGGAAAAUAUGAUGUAUGAUGACAAUAAUAAAAAGAAACAUAUAGAAUUGUAUUUGAAAAAAAUGCGAAUGAAAGCGGAAGAGGAUGGUGGUAACAAGGUAGGAACGGAUAAUAUACAUUUAUUGGAAGAUCAAAAUAUGUAUUUAUUAAACAAAGAAAUGUGGAAUGACUAUAAAAAUGUUAAGGGUAUUAUAAAAGGGGAAGGAAAAUAUACCAAUAGUACUAUUAGUAAAACGGACCAUACUUCUAGGAGUAACAAUAUGGACAAUAAUGUAAAAGGUAAUGAUAAUAUUAAUAGUAAUCACAGUGAUAGAGAAUAUGAAAAAAGACAAGACAUGAAUCAAAAUAAUGUAAAUGAAAAUAUCUUAAAUGUUAUGGUAGAAGGAAACAAUGAGGUACUAGAUAAUGAGCAACGGGUUGAUAAAUCAUUGAAUUUAUAUAGAAAAGGUUGUGAAAAUGAUGAUACUAAUGAGGAUGUCAAUGAUGAAGAAGAAGAGUCUUGUGAUAGUUCUUCUGAUAGCGGUGAGGAUUAUGAAUCAACUGAUGAUACCCAUUCAAUUGAUGAAAGGGAUAAUUUGAAUUAUGAAUAUUAUUUUAAAUAUAAUAAGAAAAAGAAAAAUGAUUCAAGUUCUAUUUUUUCAUCGAAUAAAUUUGUUGGGCCCUUUUUAAGAAACACGGAAUGUGUAAUAAUAAAUUUGAUUAAGAAUAGUUGUACAUCAUUAACUACAUCUUUGAAAAAUAGCAACGUUAUACAUUUAUUGAAGCCUGGUGAUUUUGUGUUUGAUGAAAAAUAUAAGUAUAAUUUUUCUAGCAAAAAGACUAAUGAAAUUAUGGAAAAUUAUAGUAUUACUGAUGGGAUUAUGGCAGAUGAUGACAUAACUAAUGGAUCCAUAAACAAUAAUAAUAAUAAUAAUAAUAAUAAUAUGUGUAACAAAGAUAUAUAUGAUAAUACACCUACAAAACAGAUUGUCGAUAAAUAUGUUUCUAAAAAUAGUAUUAGUAAUAAUAAGAAUAAUAAAUCGAGUAUAUUAAAUAAAGAAAAUAUUGACAAGAUAAAUGAAUGGGAAAGAAGAAAUGAAGAAAUGAUUAAACAAACAUAUAUAGCAUGUAAAUAUAGAUUGAAAAAUAAUUAUUUGCCACAAACAUCCUUGGUUGAAAAUGUAUGUGAAAUUAUAUCUCCUAUGCCAAAUUAUAAAAUAUUAUUUAUGUCUUCAACAGUUAGAAUUAUAAAUAAAUGUGGUAUUCCCUUAGAAUUUUGUUUUUUUGAUGGUAGUCGAAAUCCUAUAUUAUUAACGUCAUUAGAGAAUAGGACUAUACCUAUAAAUACUUUAUAUCCUAAUCAUAGUGAUUCAUUUAAAAAUUAUAAGGUAUCUAAUAGUUUGAAUAUUAAUCCGAAUAUAAAAUUAAGACAGAAAAAUAAUAAUUUAAGUUUCACUGUAAUAUUAAAUCAUGAGUAUUUAUUAUCAGCACCCGAGUGUGUUUUUUGUGGACCUUCUCAUGUGUACAUGUCUUUUAAACCUAUCAAUGUGAUAACGGAAGAGAAUGAAUAUUAUGACAUAAUAGCUGGUGGUCCCACCACAAAUAUUGUGAACAAUAAUAAUAAUAAUAAUAAUAGUAGUAGUAGUAGUCAUAAUUAUUAUGGUAAUAAAUCAAAUAUUAAUGAUUUAUUAAAAAAGGAUAAGGGAAGAAACAGUGAUUUAAUAGAUCCUAUGUCUAUUAAUAUAGAAAAUGGAUGGUCUGAUAUUUUUAGUUCUGAUAUAUCUCAAGGGACGUAUGUAAAAAAGUGUAAAUACAAAGAUAUGAAUUCCUUCAUGUCUAAUAUAAAUAAAAGUAAUGGUAGUGGAAAUAAUUUUUUUUAUUUCUUGGUAAAGAUUGAAAAUAAGAUAAGUGCUUUACCUGCUGAGAAAAAUUUGAAAAUUAUUACUAUAUAUCCUCAUGUAAGUGUUGUAAAUGCUAUACCAGCAUUUGUAGACAUAAUAAUAACAUCUGACGUAGUAGAAGAAAAGCAGAAUGAUUAUAUGUAUGAAGAAAGGAAUAAAAUAGAUUCACUAAAAAAUAAGAGAGCAAAGUUAUUAAAACAGUGUGAGGAUAUAAAUUCAUAUUUGAAUAAGAUGAAUUCAUCAAAAUAUGGAGGAAGUAAAAUUUAUAGUGAUAGUUCAUCUAGAGUAAAAGGUAGCAAAGACAAUAGUAAUAGUAGCAAUAGCAAUAAUAGUGAACAUGUAUACAUGCAAGAGUUGAACAAAUUAGAAAGAGAAAUAUAUCAUAUAGAUGAAGAAAUAAAAUAUAAGAAAAAAGAAUUAUCUUCUCCAUUAGUAAAAGGAUAUGUUAAUAGAAGAUUAAAUCCAUUUUCUAUAUUUUAUAUAUAUGAAAUUAAGAAAUAUACUUGUUUGAAUUUAAAGAUGAAAAUAGGGAAUUCACAAUGUGAAUGGUCUGAAAAGUUAUUUUUAGUAGAAGAUGAUGAAGAAUCUGUAACUAGAUUUUCAUUACAUUUUAAAAAAUAUGCAUCAGUCGAAGUUGAAAUUAUUAAAAACUUUAGUGGAUAUUUUAAUUCUUUGAGUAGUAUCUUAGGAAAUAAACAAUUAUAUAUUUUUUCCUUACCAAGAUGUUUUAUAGAUAGAACAGGUUUAGGAAUUAAGGCAAUAAAUUCGAAUAAAUAUUAUCCUGUGAUUAAUGGGAUAACCUUAUUAGGGGAUCAUUCCCAGAUUGAUUUGUUAUUACCUCACAGAACUUAUACUCAACCGAACAAUAAUGUGAACAGUGGUAAUAAUAAUGUUGAAGAUGAUAGGUAUAAUUAUUAUUCUAAGGGUGAUAUGAAGAGAUCGAAUAGGAUGUAUGAUAAACGAGGAGAUCAUAGAAAAGAUUAUAACGAUACAAACGAAAGUUAUGGUAAUGAAGAUGAUGUUAAUAAAAAGGAUAGUCGUUAUGUUAGUAAAAAUGCAAUUAUAAUAGAUUACAAUGAUAUAUUUAAUGAUUUUAAUUACCCUUCACCUGUAAAUAAUUCUGUAAUAUUAUUCAAAGCUACAUUACCUCCGAUUGGUAGUUAUACAGAGACCAAUGUGAUUUGUAAAAAUUUUUUUUAUACCUUUUGUUUAAAUACAGAAAAAAUAAAAACAACCAAUAUUCCAUAUAUUAUAAGUAGAAUAAUUACAGUGGUUCCACAAUUUAUUAUUAGUAAUAAAUUGAAUUUUCCCUUAUUAAUUAAACAAUAUCAGAAUGACCAGAUCCAAGGAGUUCGUGCAAAUGAUACAUCUCCUUUAUAUUUUACCAAAAAAAGUAGCAUUUUACUAUUUCAAUUUAAAUGUUUAGAUCCAUGUAGAACUAAUAAUGAGGAGAAGAACCAUAUGUUAUUAGAUCCAAAAAAUGUAAUAAAGAGUAAUGGAAAUAAAUAUUAUAAGUUGAAUAAAAAUAUAUAUUGGUCGUCUGUUGUAUAUCCUAGUGAAAAUUUUGUUGGAACAAAUUAUAUGGUAAUUAAUACAGGAAAUCACGAAAAAUCUGAUGUAUACGCGAUAACGUGUAUACCUGAUAGAGGUACGAAAAAUAUUAUAAUAGAAAAAUUAGAAAAUAAGAAGAAAGGUUUUAUAGCAUAUAAUAAUUCAAGUAUUGCAAAAUAUUUAAAGAUUAGAACAUUCCACGAUGAUACAAGACAUAUGAAAAUUCACGAUGAAGAGAAUUAUAUAGAAAAGAAUAUGUUUUUAAGUAAUUUUUUAAAACCAACGGAUAUGGAACAUUAUUUUAAUAUAGAGCCAAAUAAAUAUAGUUAUUUGGGAUGGGUAAAUCCAUUUAUAUAUGUUACUAGAAAUGUACAGAUAGAAAUAGUUUUGGAAGAUUUAAAAAUAAUACCUAAAUCUCCAUUUGUUUUAAAAUUUGCUAUAUAUAAUUAUUCACAAAAAACAUAUUAUAUAAAUUAUUUUAAUAUUACAUUUGUUAUAUGUAUAGAAUAUAUAGAAGAUUUGAUAACUAUAAAAUUGAGCCAUAAAUUAAAUAUAAGCUCAAAUCUAUUAGAUCGUUCCCCUUAUUAUUAUAUGAUGAAUAAUAAAAGUAAUAUAACAGAUGGAAUAGCAUAUUCUAAUAGUUCACAUAAUAAUAUUAUGUUGAGCAAACAUAUGAAUAGUUGUGACAAAUCUGUUACAUCUAAUAAUGACAUUAAAUUAGGAUUAAAUAAAAAGAAGAAAUAUAUGGAAAUGGAAAAUCAGGUAAAUAUAGAAAAAUAUAAUAUAAUAAAUUGUAAAGAUAUUUCAAAUGAACGGAAUAUUAUAGAUAAGAAUUCAGAGAAUAGUUUAAGCUUAUCAAAAAAUAGCGUUUAUGCCCAAAAACAAAUGAUUAUAGAUCAUGAUGAAUAUCAUUAUGUAAAAUAUAUAGAUGAGAAGGAUGGGGGUACUGGUAGUUAUAAAAAUAAUAGUAUUAGUAGUAGUACUAAUAAUUAUUAUAAGAAUGAAUCUGUGAAGGUCAUAAGUAAUACAUAUAAAAAUGUGCAUAUAAUAAUAAAUGUAACCCAGAUUGGUGUAAGUAUUAUAUCUAAUAUAUUAAAAGAGGAAGUAUUCUUUAUUGAGCUAUCAAAAUUGUGUGCUUUGUUUUAUAUGAAAAAUGAAGAAGAGGUAAUAGAUAUAAAAAUAACAGAUGUACAGAUAGACUGUCAGUUGGAGUCUUGUGAAAAGUGUGUGUUGUUAGCGAAUAGGGGAAUAAGUUCUUCAAAUAAUAAUAACAGUAGUAGUAGUAAUAGUAAUAAUGUGAAUAAUAUGAUAAGUGGAGGGGAUAUGAGUGGUAGUAAUAGUGUAUAUCAGAAUUAUCGUAAUGAAAAUAAAAGUUUUACAAUUAAUGAGAGUGACCUCCUUCGUUUUAAGAAAACAUUUGAUCGUAAUUCAGACGACAAAAAUAAUCAUAUGAAUCCUCUAUAUGAUAAUAAUAAGAAUAAAGGUGCUAUUACUACUAGUAGUGGUAGUAAUAAUAAUAACAAUUAUAACAAUAAUAGUAGUAGUGUGUUGAAUAAAAAUAUGAAUGCAAAUGAAGAAAAGAUCUUUUUAAAUAUAUAUGUAGAAAGGUCUUUUAUAUCACAUAAUGAUGUUAUAUUUAAAAAAAUACAAGUUUCGUUAGAUGAUGUAGAAAUAGAAAUGGAUGCUGAAACUUUGAAUGGUAUAAAUUUAUUAACAGCAGAAUAUAUUGAAAGUAUAAGUAUUGUUCAAAAAAAAAAUUUGUUAUAUGAAGAAAUACAGAAAUGGACGAUUUUACCUGUAUAUGUAAAUUACAAAUCACCAGAAAUACCAUUAGCUAUAAAUAUUCAAUACAUGCAAAUAGAUAAAUUUACUUUAAUAGUGUGGUGUUCAUUUUUAUUAGAUAAAAUGCACAUGAUGAGUGAUUUGUUACGAAUCGGAUUACGAAUAUUAAUGGUAUCGGGAAAAUUAGAAUUAUUAGGUGCACCUGUAACCUUAAAUCAAGAAAUUUUUAAUAAUAUUCGUGUAAGUAUUAAAUCCUUUUAUGCAUUACUAAAAGAUAAGUAUAGUCAUUCUAUUUUGGCAUGUUUAGGUUUUAUAGUAGGAUAUAGUAGUUUAAUAAAUAUACCUAAGAUACCAUUAGAAAUUGGUCGAAAUACUAUAGGUUUAGCUGUAUAUGCAGUAGAUAAUGUGAGUGUUGGAAUUGGAAGCUUUUUAUCAAAUUUGACAUUUGAUUCCGAAUAUAUUAAUAGAAGACAAAAGGAGAGAACCUUUAAGACGAACACAAAUAUGAAAGAAGGUUUAAUUAGUGCUGUUAAAAAUAUUGGUGAAGGGGUAUUAAGUUUAUCUAAUAUUGUAACAAAGCCAAUUGAAGGGGCACAAAAAGAAGGAUUUGGUGGAUUCUUCAAAGGAAUAGGAAAAGGUGUUGCAGGUUCUUUAGUAAAACCAUUAGAUAAAGUAGGACAAGCUGUAUCUGAUGUAACUCGUGGAAUAAAAGCAGAAGUAUCGAAACCUAUAGGUGGUCAUAAAUAUAAGACUAAAAGACAUAGAAAACCAAGAAUGUUAUGGGGAGAAUAUGGAAAAUUAAAAGAAUAUAAUAUAAACGAAGCAGAAUUAAGAGAAUGCUUAGGUUUGAAAUUUUCAAAAAAUAUUAUGAAAUGUUUAACAGUACAUAAACAAGAAAAUCAUCCUCCAUCACAUUAUGCAUUAUUAUUAUAUCCAAAGGUAAUUAUAUAUGCAAAUCUAUAUGCUAAUACUAAUGCUCAAAAGAAUGAUUUCUUAUUAUCGGAAAAAAAAACAGAUAUAGUUAUAUGGUCUAUAAAAAUAGAGGAUAUAACAGAAAUACGAGCAUCUAGUCAUGGACUCAUAGUAAGAACGAAUACAAGUACAAAUACGGUUUAUAAAAUACCAUGUAAUAAUGCUAUAUUGAUAAAUAAAAUAUAUAGGGAAUUACAUAACUCAAAAAAUUCAAUAAACUCCACUGUUAUUUUGGGCGCCAAUAAUUCUUCCCUGUACAAAUAUUUAUAA